AUGUCAUCUUCCAAUCGAUUUAACAGCAGCCGAUCAAAUUCAAUCGGUCUCAAUGCACCGGAGAUAUCUGAUUACUCUGAUCUAUACGAUGAAUACAUGACCGACGACAACCUUUUGUCACAAUCGAGAAUUGGUCCAAAUUCACAUAUUCUCGAUGCUCAGAAGACCACAAGCAUACAAGGAAAUGUCAGUGAUUUUAUCCCAUACACUAGAGAGCAAUUGCUCGAAAGAAACUUGCAUCAAUCAAUAAGUCCUGAAGCAGAUCAGAGCUAUGAAGACGACGAAGACGAUGAAAGUUCCACAGAACUUCAGAUUCCUGUAUCUGAAAGUGAUCGCGUUGUACUCCCACAAUCAUCCAAGGAAUGGCAAGAAAAAGGAGCCGCACAGAUACUCCGAAAGGUGAAGAAUGCUGAUGGCCAAGUCAGCACUGAAUUAGUGAGGAAAUCGAUCAAGAACUUCAAGCUCGGAAAAGAAUUAGGUGAAGGUUCUUACUCUACCGUGGUUCUCGCGACCGAUCUUACGACUGGUCGUUUUUACGCAAUAAAGGUUUUACACAAACGCCACAUCAUCAAGGAGAAGAAGGUUAAGUAUGUGAACAUCGAAAAGAAUGCAUUAAACAGACUUGGCUCUGGCCAUGGAAUUAUCCAUUUGUUCUAUACUUUCCAGGAUGAACAAAGUCUGUACUUUGUCUUGGAUUAUGCUCCAAAUGGAGAAUUACUAUCUCUGAUCAAGAAACACGGUACAAUGGACGAAGAAUCAGUCAAAUAUUAUUCCACCCAAUUGGUGGAUGCAAUUGACUACAUGCACAGCAAUGGUGUCAUUCACAGAGAUAUCAAGCCCGAAAACAUCCUUUUAGAUACAGACAUGAAGAUCAAAGUGACCGAUUUCGGGACUGCAAAAAUGUUAGAAAAGAAUAGCAACGAUGAGUAUCCGAGCGACACAAGAGCAAGCUCGUUCGUGGGAACUGCGGAGUACGUUUCUCCUGAAUUGUUAAAUGACAAAUACUGUGGAAAGGGAGCAGAUAUUUGGGCAUUGGGAUGCAUAAUCUAUCAAAUGAUCGCAGGGAAGCCACCGUUCAAAGCUACGAACGAAUAUCUCACUUUUCAAAAGAUCUUAAAAUUACAGUACGCAUUCAGUGCUGGAUUCCCAAUGGUCAUCAGAGAUCUAGUCAAGCGCAUUUUGAUUCUUAAGCCAAAGGACAGAAUUUCUUUACCCGAAAUCAAGAAACAUUAUUUCUUCAGGGGUGUCGACUGGAGUAAUCAGGAAUCUAUUUGGGAUUCACCUCCUCCCGAAUUAGGCCCUUAUAAAAUGUCUGCCAAAUCGAUGCUUCCUGUUCCGGAUUUGAACAAGUCAAAGCUCCCUCCAGCGUCUGCCACUGUUAAGAGACUGGGUAGCGCAGGAAAGAGUGCAUCUGCUACCAACGUCACAAGCGCAAGUACUUCAUCAAGCCCAAAUAUGAGUGCCGCGCCAACUUUAAGCAGCAACAAUGGUACGAUUUUUGGACUUCCAAACCCGCUGGAAUACAAAAAGGUUAAUUCAUCGCCAGUUUUACCAACAGAAAAAACUGUAUCGAGUCAGCCUUUAUCUACAGCCGCUGCUGUUGCAACCACGAAGAAAUUACUCACUCAGCCUACCCCAAAACUAUUUUCAGCCUCAGGCUCUCCGAAGUCCGGCCCAGUCAAGUCUGACCGUUCAGAGAUUGCUAGGCAUGACUUCAGACCUCCACAGUCCAGUUCGGGACCAAAACUAAACACUAAAAGUUCCAAGGUGGGAUUAUCCUCAACCGCUUCGAAUAACAGUAUUGCCAAAAAUGUUUAUUCGUCUUCGGCUUAUGCUCCUCCUAAUAUAUCAAAGACAUCUUCAAGCACGUUAGGUUCUUCGCCAGCAUCAACCAUUUCCAGUGCUUCUAUCCAACCAAGACCAGUGUCAAGCCAACAGAAGGUUGACGUGAUCCCAGGUACCAAUAUUCCCCGUCCGGUUAUCAACACGCGUAUUAAUACGACUGGAAGUUUCAACAGGUCUUCGAGUUCUUCGGGAAUGAAAUCCAAGCAACCUACACUUUCUGCAAUUACGACCACCGAAACUCCACCAUUAUCAAUCCUAGAUAUGGCCUGGGUUAAAUUUCUGAUCCAUCCUGACGAAAGAGUACUAAGGGCGGGUAUUGUUCACGUUAGCAAAUACAGCACAGAGGCAUUUGAGAAGAAAUACAAAGGAACUCUCACCGAGUCCCCUCUGGGCUACAAAAAUAGGGAGCUUUUGAACUCAUCUAACCCUGGGAUGUUGGGGCAAGCAUCUACGCUAAGAAAAAGUUCGGUGAUUUCAGCUUAUAGCGAGGAUGAUGCAAUCACGUUCACGGAGGAAGAGGCUGCCGAAAAGGUAGACGAUGAGGAUAAUUCCAAGGAUAACAAUACUUCGGAGAGAAUAUCAAAAUUGAAGAAUUUGUUCCAUUACAAGGCGUUGUCAACAGAUCCAAUUGCCAAACAAAGAACAUUAGUGGUCACCAGUUUUGGUCGAGCUCUUUUAUUCAUUGAAAAUCACGACCGCAACAAAGAAAAGUAUCAAUGUGUCAGCGAGAUUGAUCUAGUCAAUUCGUACGUUCACUUUAGAGAAGUGAUUGGAGAUAGACGGUCACGUAAUUUAUCUUCUGGUAUUUUUGCAAUUGUUUCUGUCAAUGUGACAUUAGCAUUUGAGGUUGAUAAGCAAGAACUUUCUUUAUGGACCAAUUCAUUAGCCAAGGCACGAUUCAUGCAACAGGAACGGAGCAUCAGGCUCUUGAUGGAAAAAGAUCCUGCUGGAGAUUCAGGGAUGGCGACGGGAAAUCAGGCAGCAUCUCGUGCGGCAAAUAUGGCUAUGUCACCGACUGAUUUGUCACCGAAGCUUCCAAGUGAUAUUGCUCCAGGCUCUCCAUUACUUGAUUUCGAUCUACUUUCAGGUCCAGAUCCACAUAACCGUGUUCAAAGCAGAUCGAGUAGUGCAGGAAAACCGAUCCGCAAGCCUCCACCAGGAGGCACUGGCCAGUUUCCAUCUUCAAUGCGGGCUGAAUCAGAAAUCAACAACAGCAAAGCCCAGGGUAAUCGCAAGUCCGACCCCAACACUCGCAAGGUGCUUUCAGAGAACUCUCCAAUGAUCUCUGCCGCAAUUAACAAGGCAUUGUGGAACAGUUCUCAGACAUUGAGUCAAGAUCCAAUUGGGGCCGAGACCCAUCAUGUUCUGCCUCAACAAGCUACUCAAGGGAAUUCUACAAUUGCUUCAAGCAAAAAUGGCUCCUCUCCUCGUCUAGUCACGUCGAUGAACUCUAAGCUUCUUGCACGGACAACAAGGAAGAGACGUUAG